AAAAAAAAAAAAACAGCUCAAUUUAUGCAAAUGAAUUGAUCGUGUUAAUUUGCAGAUUGGAUGGAGAACAAUGCUGCUGAAGUCGUUGAGCUUCGAUAUUAUUGUACAAUUAAGGUUCAUCGUUUAAUGUGUUUAGAACUAAAGAAAUUCAUUGACAGAAUCUCGGAAACAUUACCAGCCAUUGAGUCUGCCCCGCCACGAUGCACAUCGGGAAUACAGGCACUGUGCACAUUAAAAAUUGCAAUGAAUAAAGCAAAAUUACUUAUACAGCACUGCUCAGAGUCUAGUAAACUCUACCUGGCAAUUACAACAGAGAGGAUAGUUUCCAGAUGUGAGAGAAUACGGAAACCUUGGGUAGUAUCUUUGAGUCAAAUUCAAAAUAUGGUCCCAUUGCUAUUGGCUGGAAAGAUAUUUGGAAUUGCCCGUGAUCUUAAGCGCACAAAGUUUCCCCUUGCACCUGCUGAAGAAGAGGCUGGGAAGGUUAUAUUAGGACUACUUCGACAAGCAAUUCCUAUGUCCAAUUCUGUAAAUGAUUUAGAACUCCAGGCUCUUCAACUUGUAGCUUCGACACUAAAAAUUACAUUCCCUUCUGCAGUUUUGAUAGAGAAAAGAUCUAUUAAGCGUUUACUUGAUAAAGCCACUGACACAGACCCUAUGAAAAAAAUCUUGAAGUGGUUGUUCUAUCUUUUGAGGAAAUAUGGAGAAAUAAUUGGACGAAACCAGGAUGAUGACAGCCAUAAUCAGCGUGAUGAGACUCGAGCCAAUGACUUUGGUGCACCCGAACCUCCCAAGGAGUUCAAAUGUCCCAUCUCUAUGCAGGUGAUGCAUGAUCCAAUGAUUAUUGCUUCUGGGAUGACGUUUGAACGAUUUUGGAUAGAGCAGUGGUUUAAUGAGGGUAACCAGACAUGCCCUAUAACUCAUAUGAAGCUUGAAAACUUGUUCGUGGCUCCAAACUCUAUUCUGAAAGAACUCAUAUCAGCUUGGUCUUCCCAGCAGGGGAUUACUGUUCCUAACCCAUAUUUAGAACCAAACAUUUCCUCUCUUUUCUCCUAGGAUUCUUCAUUUUCCAGUUCCAUUGCUAGCUUUCCUAGUUCUGCGAAUAACUUGAACCUUCAACUUAGUGUUGUGUCCAUACGCUCUUCAGGGACUGAUGAUGUUUCAGAAAUUUUAGAUGACUUUAGUGAAAGCAGAUUAAGUUGUAGGCAUGGACAGAAGAAUGCAGUUUCUGAAAAACUUAACCACUCUACAGAGAGUUAUGGAAACAUGUUGGCUUCUCUUUCCAGACUUGCUGCACUUUCAUGGGGAUCACAGUGCAAGACAGUUAGAGAUGUGAACAAAACACUUCAGGAAAAUAAACACGCAUGUCAUACUUCAAUUUCCAACCGUUGUGUCAAAACUUUGAUUAAAUUUUUGAAGGAUGCAGAUGAAUUAAAUGAUGUAAAAGAACAGAGAGAUGGAACAGAGGUGCU